CUCUCCAUUUUCUCACCACACUAUCUCUCUCCCAAUCUCCUCUCAACAGCCAGCUCAAAGACUUCCUCCCAUCGGUUCAACGUUUUCGACAAGCUUCAACUCGCCGAGGAUCGUUCAGCCUAGCGGUUGGUUUCUGCCCACACUUCUAUCUACCCAGAAGCAAUGGUUUCGCCGAUGUCUCGUGCGACGAGACCUGUGUCGAGGCUGGUGCCGGAGGUUCCGUUGCUGAGGCGGAGCAAGCAGGCGGCAGCGGGCGAGGAGGUGGCGGUUCCGGUGCACUUCCGGUGCCCGAUCUCGCUGGACCUGAUGCGGGACCCGGUCACGGCGCCCACGGGGAUCACGUAUGAUCGGGAGAGCGUCGAGGGGUGGCUGGCGCGGGGGCACGCCACCUGCCCCGUCACCGGCUGCCCAGUGCGGCUCGCGGAGCUCGUGCCCAACCACGCCACGCGACGGAUGAUCCAGGACUGGUGCGUCGCCAACUGCGUGAGCGGGGUGGAGCGGGUGCCCACGCCCAAGGUGCCCAUUGGGGAUGUGGACGCCGCGGAGGCGGUAGCGGCCGUGUCGGCCGCGGCCAGGCGCGGGGACGUGGCGGGGUGCGGGGUCGCGGCUGCGAGGGCGAGGGCGCUCGGCAAGGAGAGCGACCGCAACCGGCGGUUCAUCCAGGCGGCCGGCGCGGCGCGCGUGCUGUCGGCUGCGUUCGGGAGCCUCGCCGGCGAGAGCGUCGAGGGUGCCAGCGCGCUCUCGGGCGCGAUGCGGGAGAUCCUGGCCGCACUGACCUUGUUCUUCCCGCUCGACGACGAGUCAAGGCGCUGCAUUGCCUCCCCGGCCUCGCUCAAGUCUCUAGUCUCGGUGAUGUCCCACGGCGAGCUCGUCGCGCGGGCCAGCGCUGCCGUCGUGCUCCGCGAGCUCGCCUCCUCCGUCGACAGGUGCACCGUCGAGGCCGUCUUGAGGACUGCAGGCAUAUGCGAUGCGCUCGUUGGACUCGUCAGGAACCCGGUCUCCCCGCAAGCCACCAAGGCCGCGCUUGUCACGGCCUACUACCUCGUCUCCGGCUCCGACCUCGCGGCCGCCCGCCUCGCCGAGCUCGGUGCGGUGCCCGUCGUCGUGGAACUCCUAGUGGACGCUGACAAGGGAACGAGCGAGAAGGCACUCGCCGUGCUCGACGGCGUCCUGUGCGUCGACGCCGGCCGCGCGGCCGCGCACGCGCACGCGCUGGCCGUGCCGGUGUUCGUCAAGAAGAUGUUCCGCGUGUCCGACAUGGCCACAGAGUUCGCCGUCUCGGCACUCUGGCGCCUCUGCCGCGCGGCCGAAGAGGGCGCCGCCGCGUGCCGCGCCGAGGCGCUGCGUGUGGGCACGUUCCAGAAGCUGCUGCUGCUUCUCCAGGUGGGCUGCGGCGGCGUCACCAAGGAGCGCGCAAGCGAGCUGCUCAGGAUGCUCAACGGCCGCUCCAGAGGCAGAAUCGAGUGCAUCGAGACAGUCGACUUCAAUGGGCUCAAGAGGCCAUUUUGAUCAGCUUAGGGAGACAAUUUCAGAGCAUUUUUCUUUUUUUUUUCUGUGAAGAUUGAUUUGAGAUUUAGAUCAGAUGAGUGGAUAAAAGAUACGGAUAUGCUGAUUAGGAUUAGGAAUUUUUUUACACUGUAAUAGCAUAUUUAUAGGAUAAAAACGACGACAAGAGGUAGGGUGAAUAGACGCCUUAUAAUUUUCUGUGAAAUAGAUGACCUACUCUUUUUUUACCUAA